AUGUCCGCUGAUCCAUCCUCGUUCGCCUCCGCCGCCAAGUGCGUGAGCCGCCACCUCAACUUGAGCCUGCACGUCGACUUCGACAGCCGAACAGUCAGAGGGCAGGUGGCGCUGACGGUGGAAGUUCUGGAGGAGCGCUUCUCCGUCCUGACUUUGGACACCCGAGACCUGAAGAUCCUGUCAGUCAGGGCCAACGGGCAGGCGGCCCGCUUUACAAUGGGCCCUAAACACACCUUCAAGGGGACACCGCUGGAGAUCACGCUGCCCUUUGACCUUUCCCGAGGGCAGCACGUGAUCGUGGAGGUGACCUACGAGACGUCGCCCGCAGCGCCCGCGUUGCAAUGGCUCACGCCCCGACAGACGGCCGGCAAGAAGCAGCCGUACCUCUUCAGUCAGUGCCAGGCUCAUCACUGCAGGAGCAUGGUGCCUUGUCAGGACUCUCCGGCCAUUAAACACACAUACUACGCUCAGGUGUCCGUCCCCAAAGACUUGGUGGCGGCGAUGAGUGCGCUGAGAGACGGCCAGGACGUGGACCCUCACGACGCCGGGCGCACGGUCUACCGCUUCAGACAGAACGUGGCCAUGCCAUCCUACCUGAUUGCCUUGGUGGUGGGCGCUCUGGAGAGCAGGCAGAUCGGGCCCCGGACCAGAGUCUGGUCAGAGGCGGAGUACGUGGACCGAGCCGCGUUUGAGUUCUCCGAGACGGAAACCAUGUUGAAGACCGCAGAGGACCUGGUCGGACCUUACGUUUGGGGGCACUACGACAUUUUGGUCCUCCCGCCAUCUUUUCCCUAUGGCGGCAUGGAAAAUCCAUGCCUGACCUUUGCCACGCCCACACUGUUGGCUGGAGACAAGUCUCUGUCCAACGUGAUCGCUCACGAGAUCUCGCACAGCUGGACGGGGAACCUGGUGACGAACGAGACCUGGGAGCACUUUUGGCUGAACGAGGGUCACACGGUAUACCUGGAGAGGAUGAUCGGCAGGCGUCUGGAGGGGGAGCAGUUCCGUCAGUUCAAGGCCAUGGGGGGCUGGAAAGACCUCCAGGACUCUGUGAGUACAUUUGGACCCAAAAACCCUCUGACAAACCUGGUCCCGAGUCUGCAGGACGUGGACCCGGAUGACGCCUUCUCCUCCGUCCCGUAUGAGAAGGGCUUCGCUCUUUUGUACCACCUGGAGGAACUCCUGGGGGGUCCCGAAGUCUUCAUGGGCUUCGUCAAGUCCUACAUCCAGAUGUUCGCCUACAGGAGCGUCACCACAGGCCAGUGGAAGGACUUCCUGUUCGCAUACUUCAAAGAUAAGAUGGAGGUCCUGAACAAGGUGGACUGGAACGCGUGGAUGUUCACACCCGGGAUGCCGCCAGUUCAACCGCACUACGACACCACCCUGGCAGACGCCUGCAUCGCGCUUUGUCGGAGGUGGAGGCAGGCCAAAGACCAAGAAGACUUGAGCAGCUUCAGCGCGUCGGACGUGAAGACGUUGUCGUCCCACCAGCUGAUUGAGUUCUUGUCUCUUCUUCUCCAGGAGGAGGCGCUUCCUUUGAGCCACGUGAAGAAGAUGCAGGAGGUCUACGAUCUCGACGGCCGCAUGAACUCCGAGGUCCGUUUCAGGUGGUUGCGAUUGUGCGUGCGGUCCCGCUGCGAGGAGGCGGUCCCCGCGGCGCUCCGUAUGGCGACCGAACAGGGCAGGAUGAAAUUCACGCGACCGCUCUUCAGGGAGGUCUUCAACUUUGAAAAGUACCGAGAGGAAGCGGUGCGAGUGUUCCUGGCUCACCGGGCCGCCAUGCACCCGGUGACCUCCGGACUGGUCGCCAAAGACCUGAAGGUGUCAGCGGACCAGUAAGACGGGGACGUCCGUCGCCGGCGACUGAUCGCGGCACGGAAAGACAAAUAAAAUCUUUGAACGUUGAA